AUGGCAAACCCCACAAAUGCAAAGGAUAAGAAUAACAGCCAAGGGUACAAAACACAGCCCCUUCUUUUUCUAAGAUGGCUACAACCUGGGACAGUUAAAUCGCGCGAAUUUAAGCCUAGGAAGAGCAGAAGCAAAAAACAGAAAGAGGUGGAAGAGAAGAAAAAUUCCGAUGACAACUCGAGUUCUUCAAGUGAACAGUCUGAGGAAAUAGUCAAAUCUACCCGCUUCGACUUGAUUGAUCUAGCUGGAAAAGACCUGAAUACAUUAAAGUGGGCAUUUGAGUAUCUGCAUGAAUUCUGGUACCCUAAGAUGCUCCCUCUAAAAUAUCUGCACGUGAAAGAAUAUACCCACCAAGUCUCACCCCAGACUUUCCAAGCAUUAUCUUCUACGCCCUACUAUAUCCAAGAUGCCAUGGUCUGUAUGGCAAUCUUUCAGCAAAGAGCUAAAUAUAAGGAGGGUGAUGCCCAAUCAAAAGCUCUCCUGGCAAAGUCUCUUGAUGCCCGUGGAAGAAUGCUUCGCAGCCUCUCCGCAGAUCUAAGUGACCCGGAGAAGCGUACAGGAAAUAUGGUAAUUGGAGGAAUAUUCCAGCUUCUUUAUAACGACCUUGCUCGUGGCAUCUCAGAUGGAUGGCGAUAUCACUUUGCAGCAGCAUACAAAAUAAUGCGACUGAAAGGUGGUCUACAGGCACUGGCUGAGAAGCCCGAAACACAUUUACUCGUUCGUGCUUUUCUACACGCCGGGGUAGUCGGUGACACCACAUCACCUCCAACAGAGCAGGCUCUAGCCCCUCAAGAUACAACCCAUUUUGAAACCUUCAUCGAUAUCGUGGAAGACAUAGGAUACGUUCUUACAACGUAUCCUGCAUUUUUCUUUGUCCAAACGAUGCGCAUUAAUCAGCUCCGAGCGAUGACAGCGGACCGUAUCCAGUGGGGGUUAUCACCAGAUCCAAAUGCGCGAACCCAGGCCUUUUCCAUUCUAAACGACAUCAAAAGCUUCUCAAUUAAUGAGACUAAGGGUACACCUUCACCAAUGACCGACAGUAUGCUCCUAGGGCAAUCAUUCAAGACUGCCCUGUACAUAUUCUGUGUCCUUUCCCUUCAAAGCGUCUCAAUCUUGCCAUCGAGCAAUGACGAUUCCGAUCCCCUUGCCCAUAUAGUUUCCUACGAAGCUGAGACAUUGGCCGCAAUUAUAGAAAAUGGGUUACCUAACCCAAAGCUCAAAUUGCUUCUGCUAUGGCAUUUGACAGUUCUCGGCGUGGACGCAGUGAACAGGGGGGAAACUAGGCGUGAUUUGGUGCGCAGGUGCGCAUAUGAUAUGUAUACUUAUACUGGCUCGUAUUCUGUGUGGCACUUAAAGGAAGUUCUCGAGACGUUUUGGGCUUCUGGCAAGACAAGAUGGGAUGACUGCUGGGACAAACCAUAUUUAUUUUCACCCGCAACGAAUAUGGAUAGUUCAUCAUUAAUACCAAAAUAG